AAACACAUCAAUAACUAAUCACUUCUUCACACACACACACACACACUCAACAAAUCUCCAAUGGUUCUCUCCAAAACCGCUUCCGAGACAGAUGUCUCUGUCCAUUCAACCUUCGCUUCUCGCUAUGUCCGCACCUCCCUUCCCAGGUUCAAAAUCCCGGAGCAAUCGAUCCCGAAGGAAGCAGCGUAUCAGAUCAUAAACGACGAGUUAAUGCUGGAUGGGAAUCCCAGGCUGAACCUGGCGUCGUUCGUCACGACGUGGAUGGAACCUGAAUGUGACAAACUCAUAAUGGCUGCCAUUAACAAGAACUACGUAGACAUGGACGAGUACCCUGUCACCACUGAGCUCCAGAACCGGUGUGUUAACAUGAUAGCUCACCUUUUCAAUGCACCACUUGAAGAGUCAGAACCUGCAGUUGGUGUUGGUACGGUAGGCUCAUCAGAGGCCAUUAUGUUGGCUGGGUUGGCAUUCAAAAGGAGAUGGCAGAACAAAAGGAAACAAGAAGGAAAGCCUUAUGACACUCCCAACAUUGUCACUGGUGCCAAUGUUCAGGUUUGCUGGGAGAAAUUCGCAAGGUAUUUUGAGGUGGAGUUGAAAGAGGUGAAGCUGCGUGAUGGAUACUAUGUGAUGGACCCUGAGAAGGCCGUGGAAAUGGUGGAUGAGAACACCAUUUGUGUUGCUGCUAUCCUUGGUUCCACACUUAACGGAGAGUUCGAAGAUGUCAAGGUCUUAAAUGAUCUCUUAGUUGAAAAGAAUAAGCAAACUGGAUGGGACACUCCAAUUCAUGUGGAUGCAGCCAGUGGUGGAUUCAUUGCACCAUUUCUUUAUCCAGAGCUUGAGUGGGACUUCCGGUUACCACUAGUGAAGAGCAUCAAUGUUAGUGGACACAAAUAUGGUCUAGUCUAUGCUGGCAUUGGUUGGGUCAUCUGGAGAAGCAAGGAAGAUCUUCCUGAGGAACUUAUCUUCCACAUUAACUAUCUUGGAGCUGAUCAACCCACCUUCACCCUCAACUUCUCCAAAGGUUCCAGCCAAGUCAUUGCUCAGUACUACCAAUUAAUUCGUCUGGGUCAUGAGGGAUAUAAAAUGGUGAUGGAAAACUGCAGAGACAACAUGGUAGUACUUAAGGAGGGACUCGAGAACACGGGUCGCUUUGAGAUUGUAUCCAAAGACGUUGGAGUCCCAUUGGUGGCCUUCACUUUGAAGGACCAUAACCACUUUGAUGAAUUCCAAAUCUCUGAUAUGCUGAGACGCUAUGGUUGGAUAGUGCCAGCAUACACAAUGCCCCCAGAUGCACAACAUGUCACUGUUCUUCGUGUUGUCAUUAGAGAGGACUUUUCUCGUACCCUUGCGGAGCGUUUAGUCAACGAUGUCUCCAAAGUGUUGCAUGAACUUGAUUUGCUUCCUGCUAAGGUCAUCAGUAACAGCACCAUGACAGUUACUGGAGAAGGUGCUGAUGAUGUGGCCAAAGUGAUUGUUGCUAAGAAGAGUGAAAUAGAGACCCAAAGGGAAAUCACUUCAGCUUGGAAGAAAUUUGUCAUGCAGAGGAAGAAAAUGAAUGGAGUGUGUUAGAGCCUUGUUUUUUUCUGAUAAUUUUGAGCUAUAUGUUAUGCGGAGUAAUUCUUACGUGACUACAGUUUAUGUAGACACGAGUUUUAUUAUAUACUUUAUUACUGUUUUUAUUAAAAUAUACAUUGUAAGUUUUUUUUCAAUUGGUUGUACCAGUAAUCCUACAUGUGCUCCUACAAGAUGAGUUACUAUGUAAUGGAAAGGUAAGAUUUUGAUAG